GAAAGUGUACGCCAUUUUCGUUUUCCCUGAAUCGCUUUGACAAUAUAUUGGGUGAUUUGCGUCCUUUGUAAAAGUGAAAUUUAAUUGGGAAAUAUUUAUUGAAAAUUAAGCCAGAAUUACUCUAAUUAUUAAUAAAUUUAUAUAUAUUUGAAAGAUACAAAAUUGUGCGAUAUUAUGAGUUCUGUGUUGUUUGCUUGCUCAAAAUGUUUUUCAAGGCAUCCAUUUGAGGAAUUGUCUGCUGGUCAACAGCUAUGCAAGAACUGCAGAGGAAGUAGCUCGGUUGUUAAGUGUACGUAUUGCCGUACUGAAUUUCAACCAACAUCAAAGAAUCAAACUGCUUGCAAAAAAUGUGAACAUUGUCUUAACAAAUAUGGAAAACCUAACCCCUGUGAAUGUUGCAAGAUCGUGGCGGCAUUUGGAAAUUCUAAAUGUAUAAGAUGUGCAACCUACGAAGCGAAAUAUGGCCCACCGAUACAGUGUGAUGAGUGCAAGCAGCGAUGUGCUUUCGAUAAGCGUGACGAAAACAAAAAGAUCAAUGGCAAACUGCUCUGUUGGCUGUGUACCAGUUCGUUUAAACGUGCUCUUUUAAAGGCACAACAGGAAGGCAGAAUAUCAGCGAAAAAACGACAACAUGAAAAGUCACAUCGAGACAGUUCGUCAGGUGCAAAAAAAUCAUCUCGGCCAUCAGCUGAUAUAAAGUGUAGUAAUGCCGGUGGUGGUGGUAGCGGAAGCAACACUGCUAUUGCGGCAUCAAGCAGUGAUCUUCCUGAGAAAAUAAGUCGCACAGGGUCUGGUGGAAGUGGUGGCAGUGGAAGCGGUAAUGGCCAUGGUGGUUUGAGCUCUAUCGCAGCACCAGCAGUUAUCACCAUUGACCCAAAUUCAGCUGAUCAUGUGGUAGCGAUGACGAAUUUAAAAGAGCGGAUUGCCAGCUUGGAGAAACGGUUACAACAAAAAGAUAAAGAAUUGCUGGAGAAAGACAAAUUGUUGACAGAGUUGAAAGGUAAAAAUUUUGAAAAGGAAAUUGAAAUGCGCAACAAGUUGAAAGAAGUUGACAGAUUACAUGAUAUGAAAGUAGAGAAUCUUAAUCGUAAAGUUAGUAGUCUGUUAAAGGAGCUAGCGGCGGUUAAGAAGAGCACAAAAAAGAAUGGCACAAGUAGUGGUUCUAACGCUAAGGAGCGACAAAGUGAACGUGAGAAGCGAGAGAAUCUUUCUCCAAAAGAAGAAGUUGUUGAAGAGGAGCAGCCACGUGAAAAGGAAUUAAAGGAAGAGAAGAUAGAGAAAGACGAAAGUAAAAGUGACGACGAGCAAGAACCCGAGGAAAAGAGAAGCGUCGGUUCUGGUUCUAAUAGCCCGUCAACAAAUUAAUGGCUUUAAGCAGUCAAAUGUGUUAGUUAAAUUGUAUGACAAAAUUACAAGAAUAUGCAACGCUUUCACAUCAAUAUUCCACUUAAUCAAGAUGUAUACAUUUUAUACUAAAUGUUUAUUUUGUAAACAAUCAUGAUGUUGAAUCACGCUGUCCAGCAUUAUGGAAACGUGAUUUUAAAGAGCUGUUGUACCGUUUUUCAUCUGAGUAAAGAAAAUUGUAAUAAAAUAUAGUAUCAAUUACAAGAGUAUGUAUUUAAUUUAAGAAUGGAUGUUUACUUUUAACAAAUUUCAGUUAACAAGUGUUUGCGUAAGACUCUGUAUCUUUUUUAGUUACUUAAAUAAUGUAAUUCAAAUGUCUUUUGUAUUUCAAAUAAGAAAGUUGUAAAAAUGAAAGUUAGAUAACAAGCUUUAGUUAUAUGUGCUUUGCGAACAGUAUAUUCGGUUAUUUUACAAUUUUUGGAAAUUUUCAAAUAUUAUAGUUUAUUUCUUUUUAGAAUCAUCAUUUAUUUAUUAACGUCACUUUAUAGCUGAUACUUAUUUAAGUGAAGUGGAAAGAUUUAAAAUUGAAUAAAAAGCGAAUUAAAU